AUGCUGCCCGGUGGGAGAGUCACUGCCAGUCCCAACCUCGACCGCCAGCCGCCGACGCAGUGCAAUUCGUUCUCCUACGACAAGCGCAUCGCGUCCCCCAGCUUCUGCUCCUGGGGUCUAGGCAACUUCGGUAUAGACGCCGCUUCGCGGAUGAGGCAGUUCGUCGAGCCCGCGGCUGGCAUGCAUACAUCGAAGGGCGGCCAACUAUGCUUCCUCUUCUCCGUCCUCCCCUCGACAAGCGCAUCUCUGAGCACGAGGCGCGGAGAGGAGAUCUUCGACUCGAUGCGGACACUCGUCCUCCACCUCCAGGACGAUCACUACCGGAUGCGCGCCACGAGCCGCCCUAGGAAGUCCCGCAAGAGCUCUCCCUCCGCUACACAAGACGAUGACGACGACGGUGACGACGACGGCAUACGCGCCUCCUCCACGCCCGAAUCUGACGUCGUGGAUAAGACGUUGGGCUACCUUUUUAUGCCAGAUUUUCGACAUCUCAACCCUUUUUCGGCCGCCUCGUCGCUAGACGGCCAAGGCCGGCGUGACGUCUUCAAUUUCACCUCGUACUCAUCCGGCGAUCACAUUAAGAACACCGACACUAGGCCCGUCGACGAGCCAAGGUUGGUUCCGUACCAUGUCCUAACCUUCAGCCUCGUCUCGACUUUGACGCCGUUCGUAACUGCAAAUACUACUCAGCCGACGUGGGUCGCGUUUGGAGCGAGCCCUAACGGCCAUGUGUUGUAUCCUUCAUCAGCGUACUUGCCCGCGUACUCUAGCGAGGGCUAUCACGGCUUCGAUGAUGCUCAUAGCCUUGUCGCACAGCAACAUUGCACCGCCAGCCAGCCACGCACGCUCGAUGAUUGUCUAGCGCAAGCUGGCAGAGCCGCCGAGUAAGCGACCUUGGCUUCGCCUUAGGCUCAACUCUGGCAUGGAACACCGGGCUACGACUUGGCAUCCCAGUCGGUUUCUUACGCGGCUUAUUCUGCUGAUUCGGCGGAGACGUGGGCAGCGAGCAUGGACGCAGACGACCUAAAAGCGAUCAGCAGGCGAUCCAAGGAGAGGUGGGCGAUUAAGAGAGGCGAGGUAUAGCAGACGUCGCAAUAAUGAUCCCAGCUCCCUUUUUCGUGUGUAUAUUUGCCGCUUAUAAUGUUUAUUAUUAAUUGUAUUUGUUGUGCUUUUAUUCUACCUUGUGUACGGUGUUGUAUAGAAACACUAGUAGUUCGACCUGUAGAUUACGAAUGGUGCCAUGUGCAAAAUAAAGACGCCUGUUUAGAUAGCCAGAGGACGACCGCAUCGAUGGACUCCUCUUCUAUAAGUUUCCUGCCAGUGUUACUUCUCUCCUGCGGGGAACGUAAUGAGAAGGGCUGGUGAAAGAGUGGGGGUUCCUACUAGUGAUUUGCGGACCCGGCUUGGGCUCAAAGCCCGGGCUUGGGCUUGUGGCAACGUCGAGCCGAGCCCUGAGCCCGAGCCGAGCCUGAGCCCAGCCCAAGCCGCAGGCUUGCUCACAAUACAACGAGU